AUGUCCACCACAUCCUACCUACGACUAAAACCACUCCCCUUCUCAUCCCUACCCCCGCAUCCCUCCCUCACUCAGCCCACAGAACCACAAAGAGCAGAAUCAAACACAUUCUUAUCAGCAAUCCUCACCGAAGCCCAAACACUCAUCACAACCACAAUCCCGCAAUCUUUUAAACCAGGCCGCAAACUCCGCUCCUCAGCACCCUCGGCCGCAAAAGUGCAACUCUUCACCUCCGCUUCCAACGGCAACGGCAACGGCGGUAAGCUAGAGGAUUACUGGGUCUGUCGUAAGAGUAUACAUGCGGACUCCUCGAUUCAAAAAGGCAGUGCGUCAUGGAGCGAGUUUGAGAAAGGGUUGAGAGAGAAUCAUUCCGAGAAUGAGAUGGAUUAUACGCCUAGUGUGGCGUCGGUGGAGCAUUUGGUGAAGUGGCCUGUUGUUGAGGAAUUGGGUGGAUGGAGAGGGGUUGAUAUGCAUGUCAAUAUGAUUACGCAUACUUUCAAACCUGCUGGCCUCAUAUCACCGAGGACGUUCAUAUCGCUGGUCAUUUCGGCAUAUGAGCCUAGCUCCGCAACAAACAGCGACAACGAUAACCCCGUCCAAGGAUUUUAUACAAUACAAAUCCCGCUCCUAUUCCAAAAGGACUCGCCAAACAACGAUGUUCCAGAUGCAAUCAAACAACAGAUUCUAUCUGUUGUGCCAAAGAAUACCAUAUUCGCGCACUAUGCCAGCGUUGAGCGUGUGCGGUUGUUGCCUCCUGCAGAUGCAGAUGCGGAACGGCGUAUUGAGUGGAUCAUGGCCACGACUUCAGAUGCCGGUGGACAGAUUCCGCAGUGGGUGCAGAGGAGUUGGACAAUGGGUGGAGUGCCAAAGGCCGUUGUAGCGGAUGUGGGUUUGUUUCUGGGAUGGGUUGACAAGAAAAGAUCCUCCUAA